AGCAGAUGGCUUCAAAGAAAAUGGCACUACUUACUGAAGAUAUACAACAUGUUGCUGCAAAUGUUGAAGGAAUUAAGUUUCACCGAGAAGCCUCCCCUCCUCCACGGUCGCAACCAGAGAGCUGUUAAAGGUUGUCAGGGACAAGAUACUAGGUCUGCACAAAACUGGAACGGGAUACAGCAACCAUCCGCACUAAGCCGCAUGAGAAGUUGACAGCUGGUGGUUCAGUUAUUGGCAAAAGUGUUGGAUCUGUUACAGACACAGAAAACCCUCAAGUUCAUGAGUGUGAUGCCUGGAUGAGAUUCUGGAAAAUGUUGAAAGACCAGAAACCUGUGUGAGGAGCGUGGCACAGGAUAUUGAAGUAGACACUUUACGGGGGAUUAGUCAUAUUGCAGUGCGGAAAGAACUCAAGCAUAAAAUCAAGCCUCAAAGUAAUUGGCAAUUAGUUAGGAGAUAUUUGGAGCUUAUUUGACACAGGAUCGUUUGCUGCAUCUGUUGUGCGAGCCCAGUGGUUGACCUGCCGUAUGUCGGAAAAGACGGCAGACUUUGAGCCAACCGAGGCGUUGCAUUGGCUUUGAAUCAAGCUGAAGACUCAAUGAAAACUGGAUUCAGUGGCACAGCUCACUGCUUCGCUCAUCUAUUUGGACAACAGACACCAGGACUGCCUCAGAAUCCCAACAGCUGAACACUCUGCUGCUUCCUCAUUAUAAACCUCGAGGCCUCUUAUCGAUCCCUCAUUAUCAUGUUUAUUGUAAAUACUGUAUGCGUUAUGUAGAGAGCAAGGUUUCAUUUGUAGUUCUGACAGCAGUGAUUGAUGAGCUGUUGUUAACCGAAGAGCCACGUGUGGGAAUAUUAAGCAGGUGGGGAAGCGUUUGCUGAUGUGGGGGGUUGAGAGGGGAGAGAAACCCUGGGAAUGGUGUGGGGCAGGGGAUGUGUAGCUCAGGUUACCCAGAGAGAAGGGAACAUUGAGGGGGGGAAUGGGAUAUUUGGUGUGGUGCAGGGUGCCAGGCCCAAAAAAAGCCAGCAGCAGUGUCUUCUGCACAUGUUGGUGGGAGAUCCCAGCAGAUCCCAGACCGCUGAGUUCGUCAUUUACCGUUUAACCUGCAGACGUCUGGACACCAACUAUGGGCAGAGGGGCCUCAUUCCAUUUAGCUUUAUGGGAGGACAGCCUGUGGGGGGCAGAAAGCGGAGAGAAGAGGAAGAAGAAGGAGAAGGACCUGGAAGAGCUGAAGAAGGAGGUGGCCUUGGAUGACCAUAAAAUAUCUGUGGAUGAAGUGGGAAAACGCUAUGGAGUGGACCUGACACAGGGCCUGACCAACGCCAGAGCUGCAGAAGUUCUGGCCAGGGACGGUCCGAAUGCGCUGACUCCGCCUCCCACCACCCCAGAGUGGGUCAAGUUCUGUCGUCAGCUGUUCGGCGGCUUCUCCAUCCUGCUGUGGAUCGGCGCUAUCCUCUGUUUCCUGGCCUACAGCAUCCAGGCUGCUACGGAGGACGAGCUGGUCAAUGACAAUCUGUAUCUGGGCGUGGUGCUGGCUGCCGUGGUGAUCAUCACCGGGUGCUUCUCCUACUUCCAAGAGGCCAAGAGCUCUCGCAUCAUGGACUCGUUCAAGAAAAUGGUGCCACAGCAAGCGAUGGUUAUUCGCGAGGGGGAGAAGUUGCAGAUCAACGCAGAACUUGUUGUCUUGGGAGACCUGGUGGAGGUUAAAGGUGGAGACCGGGUUCCUGCUGACCUUCGGGUGAUCUCUUCUAGUGGAUGUAAGGUGGACAACUCGUCUCUGACGGGAGAAUCUGAACCUCAGACUCGCUCCCCUGAGUUAACGCAUGAAAAUCCUCUGGAGACCCGAAACAUCUGUUUCUUUUCCACCAACUGUGUCGAGGGCACAGCUAUUGGCAUCGUGAUAGCCACUGGUGACCGGACUGUGAUGGGCCGCAUCGCCACCCUGGCGUCUGAACUGGAGGUGCGCCAGACGCCCAUCAGCAUCGAAAUUGAACAUUUCAUCCACAUCAUCACCGGUGUGGCCGUCUUCCUGGGCAUGAGCUUCUUCAUCCUGUCGCUCAUCCUGGGCUACACCUGGCUGGAGGCCGUCAUCUUCCUCAUCGGCAUCAUAGUGGCCAACGUGCCUGAAGGCCUGCUGGCCACAGUCACGGUGUGCCUGACGCUCACUGCCAAGCGAAUGGCCAAGAAGAACUGCUUGGUGAAGAACCUGGAGGCCGUAGAGACUCUCGGCUCCACCUCCACCAUCUGCUCCGACAAGACGGGCACGCUGACCCAGAACCGCAUGACCGUGGCCCACAUGUGGUUUGACAAUCAGAUCCACGAGGCGGACACCACCGAGGACCAGAGUGGUUCUGGCUUUGACAAGAGCUCUGGUACUUGGGUAUCCCUGUCCCGCGUGGCUGGUCUGUGCAACCGAGCCGUUUUCAGAUCCGGACAGGAGAACUUACCCAUCCUGAUGAGGGACACAGCGGGGGACGCGUCAGAGUCAGCCCUGCUGAAAUGCAUCGAGCUGUGUUCAGGCAGUGUUCGUGACAUGAGAGCCAGAAAUCCCAAAGUGGGUGAGAUCCCCUUCAACUCCACCAACAAGUACCAGCUCUCCAUCCACGAAGUGGAGGACAAUCCCUCUGGUCAUCUUCUGGUGAUGAAGGGAGCGCCGGAGAGAAUCCUGGACAGGUGCAGCACCAUCAUGAUGCACGGCCAGGAGGAACCCCUUGAUGAAAACUGGAGAGAUGCCUUUCAGAACGCCUACCUGGAGCUGGGCGGACUGGGAGAAAGAGUGCUGGGAUUCUGCCACUUGAAUCUGUCUCCAUCCCAGUUUCCUCGAGGAUUCACCUUCGACUGCGACUACACAAACUUCCCCACGGAGCAGCUCUGCUUUCUGGGUCUCAUCUCCAUGAUUGAUCCGCCGCGUGCCGCUGUGCCCGACGCUGUGGGUAAAUGCCGCUCCGCUGGCAUCAAGGUAAUUGGUUGCACCGUUUUCAGCUGUCAAUUUUGUUCCUGAGAAGCCCUUUCCUGU